CAACGUCACUUCCGUUUCUUCAAAGCUCAGGUGGCCACCAGUAUGGCGGACGCUCGCGUGGUGGAGUCUCUACUUCAGCGCAUUGAGAAGGUGGACGACGGCGUGGAUAGUCUAAAUGUAGCGUCCAGCCUCGGAGUGGACCACCAGGUCGUCGUGGGAGCUGUGAAGAGUUUACAAGCUCUCGGCGAAAUCAUCUCAGCCGACUUACGAUCCUCCAAACACUGGGAGCUGACAGUCGAGGGCAAAGAGAUUGCUGAGCAAGGCAGUCAAGAAGCCCGGGUCUUCAACUCCAUCCCGCCGGAGGGUCUGGCCCAAAGUGACCUAAUGACUCUGUCCUUUGGGAAGAUCGGCUUCAGUAAAGCCAUGUCCAACAAGUGGAUCCGGUUGGACAAAGGACAUGAAAACGGCCCCAGAAUAUUCAGAACUGUGGAGAACAUAGAGGACCAGGUGAGAGGGAAGCUGCUGCUUCUUCAAAAAGGCGACGCCACAAACCUGGAAGAGAAAGAAAAGAACGACCUUAAGAAGCGCAAACUCCUUGCUGAGGUGACAGUAAAGUCUUACUGGAUCACAAAAGGAAACUCCUUCAGCACCACGGUCACCAAACAAGAGACGGAGCUCACCCCCGACAUGAUUGCCAGCGGCAGUUGGAAAGAGAAACAAUUUAAACCGUACAACUUCGAGGCGAUGGGUGUGGCACCAGACUGUGGCCACCUGCAUCCGCUGAUGAAAGUGCGAACGCAGUUCAGACAGAUCUUCCUGGAGAUGGGUUUCACAGAGAUGCCAACCAACAACUUUAUCGAGAGUUCUUUCUGGAACUUUGACUCCCUGUUUCAACCGCAGCAGCACCCGGCCAGAGACCAGCAUGACACCUUCUUCCUGUCAGACCCUGCGCUUGCCCGUGAGUUACCGCAGGACUACUUGGAGAGAGUGAAAAGGGUCCACACAGAGGGGGGCUUUGGCUCACAAGGGUACAAAUACGACUGGAAGAUUGAGGAAGCACAGAAGAACAUCCUUCGAACGCACACUACAGCAGUCAGCGCACGCAUGCUGUACAAACUUGCACAACAGGAGAAGUUCACCCCCGUCAAGUACUUCUCCAUCGACCGGGUGUUCAGGAAUGAGACGUUAGAUGCCACCCACCUGGCCGAGUUCCACCAGAUAGAAGGCGUGGUGGCCGACUACGGGCUCACCCUCGGGGACCUCAUGGGAAUCCUGCAUCAGUUCUUCAUCAAGCUAGGAAUCACAAAACUGCGUUUUAAGCCGGCAUACAACCCCUACACCGAGCCCAGUAUGGAGGUGUUCAGCUACCAUGAAGGACUGAAAAAGUGGGUGGAAGUGGGGAACUCCGGCGUCUUCAGACCAGAGAUGCUGCUGCCUAUGGGCCUCCCUGAGGAUGUAUCAGUUAUAGCAUGGGGGCUGUCUCUGGAAAGACCUACCAUGAUUAAAUACGGCAUCAACAACAUCCGAGAGCUGGUGGGACACAAGGUCAACCUACAAAUGGUCUACGACAGCCCCAUUUGCCGACUGGAGUCCUAAAUUUGGUACAGAUUUUUUUUUUUUUUUUUUUUUUUUUUUAGAUUUUGGACACCCCGUUAGCCG